GGAGGCUUGAUAAACUCCGUCACUCCCUCCUCAGUCUCACUUUCUGUCCUGUCCCCCCCACGUCCCAGCAGGCCCUGCACUGCCACGUGUGAGUCGUUGGUGUCGUCGUGUCGUAGCUCGCCCCACAGCGCCCCCCGCCUGCAGUCAUGUGUGACGACGAGGAGAGCACCGCUCUGGUCUGUGAUAACGGCUCCGGUCUCUGCAAGGCCGGGUUCGCCGGGGAUGACGCCCCCAGAGCCGUCUUCCCGUCCAUCGUGGGACGGCCACGCCACCAGGGAGUGAUGGUGGGUAUGGGGCAGAAGGACAGCUACGUUGGGGACGAGGCUCAGAGUAAGAGAGGAAUCCUGACCCUGAAAUAUCCCAUUGAACAUGGAAUCAUCACCAACUGGGACGACAUGGAGAAGAUCUGGCAUCACUCGUUCUACAACGAGCUGCGAGUGGCUCCAGAGGAACAUCCCACCCUCCUGACCGAAGCUCCACUCAACCCCAAAGCUAACAGGGAGAAGAUGACACAGAUAAUGUUCGAGACCUUCAAUGUUCCAGCGAUGUACGUGGCGAUCCAGGCCGUCCUGUCCCUGUACGCCUCAGGACGCACCACAGGUAUCGUGCUGGACUCUGGAGACGGCGUCACCCACAAUGUGCCCAUCUACGAGGGUUAUGCUCUCCCUCACGCCAUCAUGAGGUUGGACUUGGCGGGCCGCGACCUCACCGACUACCUCAUGAAGAUCCUGACGGAGCGCGGCUACAGCUUUGUCACCACAGCGGAGAGAGAGAUUGUGCGGGACAUCAAGGAGAAGCUGUGUUACGUCGCUCUGGACUUUGAGAACGAGAUGGGGACGGCAGCGACCUCGUCCUCACUGGAGAAGAGCUACGAGCUUCCUGACGGACAGGUCAUCACCAUCGGCAACGAGAGGUUCCGCUGCCCCGAGACACUUUUCCAGCCCUCCUUUAUUGGUAUGGAGUCGGCAGGAAUCCACGAGACAACCUACAACAGCAUCAUGAAGUGCGACAUCGACAUCCGUAAAGACCUGUACGCCAACAACGUGCUGUCUGGAGGAACUACCAUGUACCCGGGUAUCGCUGACCGCAUGCAAAAGGAGAUCACCGCCCUUGCCCCAAGCACCAUGAAGAUCAAGAUCAUCGCCCCCCCCGAGAGGAAGUACUCAGUGUGGAUCGGCGGCUCCAUCCUGGCCUCCCUCUCCACCUUCCAGCAGAUGUGGAUCAGCAAGCAGGAGUACGACGAGGCCGGUCCCAGCAUCGUCCACCGCAAGUGCUUCUAAACACGAAGCGUCCACGACCAGAGAAAACAAGACGCUGCUGUCCUCGGGACAAAUGAGACAA